GCGUUAGAAAAUAUUUUGUAAACAAAAUGUAAACAAUGAUUGCAAAUUUUAGUUAACAACAGUUCUUAAAGCCUAAUUGUUGAAUAUUUCUAGUCAAUUUAAAGUUUAAAACGUAAUAGUUUUAUUUAAAAUGUAUAAAGCACGAAUUAAAAUGCAAGAUGACGAUGGAAAUUGGCUUGUUCCUAAUGAGGUCUUGCUUCAUGUUCUGAAGUUUGUUGACAAUCGUAAGAAUGUCGCAUUAACUUGCAAGAAGUUAUAUUCGGUAACAUGCACGAUUGAUCGAAAUACUUUUCCUUUAAGAAUCACUACAGAAAAGUUGAGUGGAGAAAAUUUCAACUCGAUUCUUAAUUCAGAAAGGCAAUUUGAUGAAUUUACUAUAGACACCUGUAAAGUGUUAACAUUGGAGCAAUAUUGGAAUUUAAAAGCAAUUUCUUUCAAGUAUGGAGAGAACAUCAAAAGAUUCAUUUGGGAGUCUUGCAAAUUAUCGAAAGUUGAGAUUUUAAGUUUGCUGCAAUUUCUUCCCAAUUUGGAAUCAUUCAGCGCAAUUCAUUGGAAUUUAAAAUUAGAAGUUUAUGAAGAGUCAUUUUCUAAAUUGGAGCUUCGAAACUUAACAGAACUUAAAAUAGAAAAAUGUGAUCAAGCAACUAUCGACUUUUUCACGGAAUUUCUUGACAAAAACACUUUGAAGAUUUUGGAUAUUCAAGGAGAUCCAACAAGCAUUCUCAACGCACAACAAUCAAUAAAAAAUCUCACAUUAAACGUUGAUUCUUUAAAUAGUCAAUGUUUGAGAAACAUAAAACUAUCGAACUUGACAAUCAAAAUGAGAAGAUACAAAGACGACUUGGAACGUUCAACCAUUCAAAGUAUAAUCGAAAAUCAACCAGAUUUAAUAACUUUAGAUUUGAUCAACUGUGGAUGCUUCGAUGAAGAUUCAGCAGCAUUUGAAGCUGUUUGCAAAUUGAAGCAUCUUAAAGCGUUUAGCAUGAAUAUUGAUGGCUUAAGUGCAAUGACAUUUAAUGAACAUUUCCCCAACUUAAAUCAGUUGAAGUCGGUAGAAAUUGAAAGUGUUGAACAUGACAUCGCACCAGUUGUUUCGAUAAUCGAAGACUUCAGUCGCCAAGACAUGAAACAGCUUGAAAAGCUCAAAAUUUAUUUGACCGAUGUUGGUGUGCCUUUGAAUAGAAUCGAACGAAUGGGAAGUAAAUUUAAAAAUUUAAAAGAUUUGAAUAUUCGUUGUGAUCAUCCAUUGUCUCUCGAUUCUUAUUUAAUUAACAUGAAGAACCUUGAAAAUCUGCAAAUUGAUUAUCAUUACAGCAAAGAAUUUGCCAAGCUUUGCAACAAUUUUGAUUUUAAUUCGUUGGUGUUGAAGAAUUUGUCGCUCCAUGGAUUUGGGUUUGGAUCUGAUGAUGUGAAUUGGAAUGAAGUUACAUUGCUGAAGUUAACAGAAGUGGUUCCAAAUCUCGAGAAACUUGAACUUGACGCAGCAUUUCCUUACAACAUUGACUUUAUUUUUAAACUUAAAGAAAAACUACCAAAACUUGACAUUUUACUUAAUUGGAGUAUGACACAAACUGGAGAACAUUACAAGAAAUUCGACCUUCAAACGAUUUUUGAUUUGAAGAAAGUCGCUAAAAUGUUUUCUCAAUUUUCUAUUGAGCUUCGUUUGAAAGCAAUCGACAUGGAUGCAUCGAGAGUUAAAUUAGAUUUGUGCAAUGAAUAUAACGUUGCAAUGACGAGAUUGGGAAUGUUGAUUGUAAUUCGAAUGACGAAGAGAUAAAAUAAAAAAUAUUUUAGACAAAA